AUGAGUCUAAUCGUCAGAUAAAGAGUUGGGAUGCAUGAUGAGUCUGUCACCCACUCUAUCUUAUCUAAGGAUAUUAAAAAAAAAAAAAACUAAACCAGAAAACGUCAACCAAUUAAACAACUAGUGUGCUUAGUGUCAAUACCCAAACCCUUUUAAGAACAUGUCUACAUCAAAUCAAAUGUCGAACUUAAGUUGGCUCUUUCCUACAUGCCUGACCAUUGUCUAGGAGGUUUAAAAGAAACUCCUUGCACUUACAAUUAUAGAGUCUCACGUACUGACCAAUUGGAUGACGUCUACUUUUAUACUCUCGAAUUACUCGACCAAGCCAAUCAUUCAAUCGAUCAGAUUAACAAUUUGUUAUUUAAUUAAUCAGAUCCACACGCCCAAUUGGCUGCUAAACUAGUUCAAGAACGUCAUCAAAUCUUGAAUGACUACACUGAAUAGCCUUACAUUUCCAAUGAAGACCUCCUGAACGUCGAAUAAAUUGCUCAAGAUUUCCCAUACCAAUGUACAAUCCAAAAGGUGAACAAAGAUUCCAGUUCACUCUCCCAAAGAAUAGUCAACGAAUAAUUCUACACCUUAAUGGGAGUCAGCAGAGACAUGAUGCUCAACCAUCUGCAUGAGACUAAAACUCUCCCCUCCAUUUUUGAUCUUGGACCAUGUCUCAAAAUGUGGUGUGAUUUGUCAGCCAAUUCAAUCCAAUCUGCUCGCACUUUUGAAACCUCAAUCAACACUUACGAAGGAGCCUAAUAUAAAUGUACAGUUGAACAAAGAUAGAUGUUUAAAAGAACACAAGUUAACCCAAAUUAAAUUGUGUUUAUUGAAUUUUGGCUCUUCAAAGUAGAUGAACCUCUAAAAUCAUAUCUCAUGAGUCCCCAGCGCAUCUAUAAGAACUAAAUUGAUUACUUUAACAAGAAGAAUACCCAAUUAGAACAUGAGGCAUUUCUGCAAUCAAUGAAACAGAAAACCACUCCUUUGUAUAAAAACAAAAAUCCUUGUGGUUAUAAAGAAUUGUCAUGGAUUUGA